UCGGCAUUCGGCUUUGAUAUUCGAAUUUUGUCAUAACUCAUAAGGUUCGUAUUAGAAACAUUUCAUCCGGCAUUAACAAUAAAACGUUCAGACUUCAGUUGCGUGGAAGCUCUUCGAUUUAACAAUUGUUAUUGUGAUACUGUACUUAAACUGCAACUGACGUGCUUCAAAACUAAAAACCAUGUCUAUGUCAAAGUGUCAGCAGUUAUCAUCUGCUUUGUUUAAGCAGCAAAAAAAUGUACGAUUGAUGUCUUUGUGGUGGUCUAAUGUGGAACAAGGACCUCCAGAUGCCAUUUUAGGUGUGACUGAAGCAUUUAAACGUGAUAAAAAUCCCCAAAAAAUUAAUUUGGGUGUAGGUGCCUACAGAGAUGAUAAUGGAAGCCCUUAUGUUUUGCCUAGUGUUAUCCAAGCUGAAAAUCGUUUAUUAAAAAAAAACUUGAAUAAGGAAUAUGCCCCGAUUAGUGGUAUUCUCGAGUUCUGCAAUGAAUCUAUAAAAUUGGCAUUAUCUGCUGAGUCGCCUAUUAUUAAGAAUGGAUGUUUUGCCUCCAUUCAGUCAAUAUCAGGAACUGGAGCUUUAAGAGUUGGAGCCGAAUUUUUAAAAAGGUAUGCUCCUCUUAAAACAAUUUGGGUUCCUGUACCAACAUGGGGAAAUCAUGGGCAAAUAUUUAAAUUUUCUGGUUUAGAAGUUAAAACAUACAGGUAUUAUGAUCCGAAGACCUGUGGUCUCGAUUUUUCUGGAAUGAUCGAUGACUUGUCAUCUGCUCCUACUGGAUCUGUUAUUUUAUUACAUGCAUGUGCUCACAAUCCUACAGGAGUUGAUCCUAAGCCUGAACAAUGGAAAGAGUUGUCUGAUUUAUUAAAAAAGAAAAAAUUGUUUCCAUUUUUUGAUAUGGCUUACCAAGGAUUUGCUUCCGGUAAUGUUGACCGUGAUGCAGUGGCUGUACGAACAUUUUUGUCAGAUGGUCAUCAAAUUGCCCUAGCUCAAUCUUUUGCUAAGAACAUGGGAUUGUACGGUGAGCGAGCCGGCUUAUUUUCCUUGACAUCACUAGACACCGACGAAGCAAAUCGAAUUAUGUCUCAACUUAAGAUUAUUAUACGUGGAAUGUACUCAAACCCACCAAUUCAUGGAGCCAGGUUAGUGUCAGAGAUACUAACUGAUCCUCAACUCAAAAGUCAUUGGAUGGUUGAAGUCAAAGGUAUGGCGGAUAGAAUUAUAUCGGUCAGAGAUAAAUUGAAAGAGUUAUUGGCUAAUGAAGGUUCGACGAGAAACUGGCAACACAUAACUGAUCAAAUUGGCAUGUUUUGUUAUACUGGAUUAGAAAAAGAACAUGUUAAGAAAUUAAUAGAGGAUCAUAGUGUUUACUUAACAAAUGAUGGACGUAUUUCAAUGGCAGGUGUUACUAGUAAGAAUGUUGGUUAUCUUGCCAAUGCAAUUCACAAAGUUACUAGUCAGUGAGAAUCAGUAAUCGAACUUGGUCUUAAAGAGUAUAUUAUUAUACAUAUAUAUUUAAAUUAUUUAAUUCUUUUCUUGUUAGUUAAAAACCAAAAGUACACAAAACUUAAUUAUAUAAGUGUUUAUUUUGUUAUCCUAUCAUUUUAAAAUC